UGAAAAAGCAUAUUUACGCGGUUAGGCUUCUAUAAAUAUAUCCUUCAACCCUUGUCCUUUUUCACCACAGUUCCAAACCCUAAUCCUACUCGCUCAACGCUGCUUCAGAAACUUCAUCGUCCUUCAUCAAAUUUCUACUAUGGCUUCCUACAUGGUUGUGUUGAUGCUUGUGGCCUCACUAUUGGUUAGUUCUACCUUUGCACGAUCUCUAUCAUCAUCUCCUGUUGCCACUCCAUCUCCUGCGGGAUCUCCCUUGGCUAUCUCACCGGCGGUAUCUUCUCCCGUUCCUUUGAUGAACGCUCCAUCUCCUUCACCGUUCGCAGUUAACUAUCCAACAUCUCCUCCUCCUGCUUCCUUUGGUUCUCCUGCUUCUCCUGUUGCCGCUCCUGCAGUUACUCCAUUGUCGAUCUCAACUCCUCCAUCUCAAGCACCAUCACCUGCGAUUGCUCCCUCCACCAGCGCUAACUCACCGGUGGCAUCUUCUCCCGUACCUGUAACGAGCAGUCCUUCUCCUUCACCGUCCGCCAUCAACUCUCCACCAUCUCCUCCUCCUCACGCCUCCCCUGCUGCCGCUCCUGCUAUUACUCCAUCGUCAAUCUCUACUCCUCCAACUAAAGCACCAUCGUCGAUCUCUACUCCUCCAACUAAAGCACCAUCAACGCCCACAAACGGUGCCACUAUGAAUGGAUUCAACGUUGCCGGAUAUGCUGCUGCUGUCGUUUUUAUUGCGGCUUUGAUAUUGAUGUAGAGAGUUACAUUGAGUUUUUAUUUUAUUUUAUGUAUUUUGUUCUUUUUUAAUCAUGUAUUUACAUGGAUAGUCAACUCUUUUUAAGCUUUUCAACUCUUUUUAUUUGCUUGCAAUUAUUUUCUGGUCUUAUCUUGGUUAUACUAUUGUUUGAUUCCCUUUCUCACACGGUGGCCGUAAAAAAAUCUGCCUCGGU